AUGUAUCCCAAAUGUGGGGCAAUUGAUGAUGCCUUGAGCAUAUUUGAAAAUAUGGCGGUCUGGGAUGUUAUCACAUGGAACACCAUGAUCAGUGGCUAUGCUCAACAACAUUUCGACAAUGUGUGUGUGUUGCAAAUUCCAUUCCAGUUCAGAUUGCUGGAGGACUGGACAAUUCCAUUGCACCAGCAUGUUCUUCAUCAGGUCCGGUCGGCAAGAUAUCUAGCUGAAGAGACUAAGUCCAAGAAACAAGCUGAACAAAAGGGGCUUACUACACAGUCUGAAGAGCCCACCACGGUUCCGAUAUUGGUAGAACGUAAACAUAACGCUGCAGUGAAAUCAAUCAAAACUAGUGAUCUUACUCAUAGCGCAAAACGGCAAAGUUGA